AUGGUAGCUACAUCGAUCCAACGAGCGUGUUUCGCUACGCUCAUCACUGCCGAAUCACUCCUUCCUGGGCUGGCCGUAUUUUCACACUCUCUGUUGCGCUCGGAUUAUGCUUCGGCAUACCCGCUAGUCGUUAUGGUGACGCCGAAGCUUUCCCAGCGUGGACGGACGGCAAUUGAACAAAUGGGAUGCAUCAUCCGUGAUGUAUCACCAAUCUAUGCGCCGCCAACACACAAUGGAGAAAGCGUUCUAGCUUAUGCGCACUUCUCCGAAGUGUGGACAAAACUACGGGCAUUCGACCUGACAGAGUACGACAAGGUUGUGCUCGUCGAUAGCGACAUGCUCGUGCGUCGCAAUAUGGACGAAUUAUUUGACCUACCCGAGACGUUCUGGGAGGCAAAGAAGAUUGCGGCUACAUUCGCAUGCACAUGCAACCCUAGAAAAAUGGGCACCUACCCAGCUAACUGGAUCCCGGAGAAUUGCGGCUUUCGAUUGCAAACUAGGAACACGCUCAACGUGACCAACAAUACGACCCGGCUUGGUACCAGUGCGCCUGAGACGCACAAUCUGCUAAACUCGGGCUUGGUUGUGCUGACGCCGGACGCGCAAGUGAUGGAGAUGAUAGUGCAUAAGAUCAGCACAGAUGCAGGCGUGAAUGAUUACCGUUUUCCUGACCAGGACUUCUUAGCGGACUUGCACAAAGGGAGAUGGCAUAUUCUACCUUGGACUUACAACGCACUCAAGCCGUUGAGAUACUGUCAAUCGGAGAUGUGGGUAGAUGAAGAGGUGAAGAAUGUGCAUUAUAUUAUCGAUAAACCAUGGCUAUCAGGUCCACCGCCGCCGUCGUCGGCCGACUUCGUUACUCACUCGUGGUGGUGGGAAGCCUAUCGUUCCUUGCAAGCCUCGACACGAAGCAAUCUAUUAAUGGAACUAUGGACGGAACUUAUCGAGAAGAAUGUCAGUGAAUGA